AUGGAUACGGAAUUCGGCUUCGUACUCAGCCUCGAGAAUACCGAGGAGGCGGCUCUACGCCUGCAGAACGAUGUCGAUGAGAACGGAAAUGUGAUACCUCAGCGCGAGUUGACCACUGGCUACGACCGACCAGGCAACGCAGCUCUCAUGGCCGUCAACGGCUCCAUGCCCAUCGUCGUCCACGGCACCACUUCUGCGUCCUCGUCGGACCCGCACACUCUCGUCGUCUUCGACUGGCACAUAGCCUGUCGGAUCCCAGGCAAGCGCUUCCGAGAGGUACACAUCGAGGUUGAGUUCACCGCCCACGCAGACCGUGGUGACGCCGAGCACCGAGCCGCCCAACACCGCGCGCAAGGCGGCCGCAGGUCGUUUUGGGACCCUUCGGUUGUGAAUCUCUCACCCAUGGGAACGUCAUGGUAUCACAAAACCCCCCACGUCGUUGGCAGUACCCAUGGCUUUGAACUUGGCGUCACGGCUGGGUUUUCUCCUUUUGUGAGCGGAGGGCCAAAUUACUCCUGGACAAAGACGGAUAGCGGGGCAGAGAGGAUCGACGCAAUCAAGGUGGUGGGGGAUAAGCACUUUGGUGAGGGGCUGAGGUCGCAGGCGAACGGGGCGAGAUGGGACUUGGUUGAAAAUGAGGCGACUGAGUCUGGAGUUCCAAGCUACAUUCGCACGGCAGUGUUGCUUAAAAGACAGCCGAGGGAUAACGGGCAGUUCCUAGGCAAGGUGAAGGUCCGAACGUCUGUGUCUGGGCUGCAUGAUCUCAAGGAGGCAUGGCGGAAGGUUACGGGGACGGUGCCGAAAGAUGACCCCAUUGUGUUUGACCCGCAGUGUAGUGACAGGCCGGGAGACUGUGAGGAUUACCGGGAUCGCCUGGAUGAGGCUGACCUGGAGGGGAUGUCCAAGGUUAUGACGAUUGCCGACGGGCAAGGGUCGUGA